CCUACCGAAUGAACAACUCCAUAAUAAAAAAAAAGCCACAUCUACCCCUCAACCAAAUCCUAUCCAAAAUCAAAGAAACAUAACACAAUCAUAAAACCCAUCUUUGUCCCCUUACCCCAAUACUUCUCCUUCUCUCUCGUUUAGCCAUGGCUUCUUCACCCUCAUCUCUACUCAGUUUCCUCUCCCCUCUAAUCCCCUCACUUUUUUCUUCCACUCCCGAAUUCCCAACCUCAAAUCCUAUUUCUCUCACUUCACAUUCGAACUCCAAUUCCUCUUUAAUUUCUCUUUCUCUAUCCUACCCCAAAAAUCAACAAAAUGCAGCAAUUACAAAAAAAGAAGAUUGCCCAAAUGAUAAUUUAAUGGCAGUAGUUUGCCCAUCUCUUGCAUAUUCAAAUACCCUCUUCUUUAAUUCAGCUUAUAAUGUUCAAGUUUUGGUUGAUGAUAAUGAACCUGAAGAAAGGUUGCUUAAUCGCUUUAAAAGAGAAGUUAUGAGAGCUGGGGUUAUACAGGAGUGUAAACGACGUCGUUUUUUCGAGAAUAAACAGGAUGAGAAAAAGCGUAGGACUCGUGAGGCUGCUAAACGGAAUAGUCGUCGAAGACGCCCUUUCUCACGCGGUCCAUACCAAGGGAAGGAGGAUGCGGCCAAAGUUGAGAAAAAGGAGGAUGAUGGUGAUAACUGGGACAUGCCAGAAGAUGCUCCUUUCUAAGUGUAUUCUUCCUUCUCUUUUGACUGAGAGGUUUUGAUUUUGCUUAAGUUUAGGUGUAUGUUCUUUCAGCGGCUGUAUUUUGAAUUUGUUGAUAAAGUUUUUUAUUAAUUAAAAUGUAUUAUUCUGUAGUGUUUUGAUGCAUACACCAGAAUAAUUGUACCAGAGAUUUGAUGACAAUAGCUUUUGCUACAAGACCCUGUUGUGUUAACUUGUUAAUUAACAUCAUAUUUGCAAGUGUGAAUCAAUUCACAAUUUACAGACAUGUUUGUUCUGUAAAGCUGUUUAGGCA